AUGGCUGAUGCUCUUUGUGGGCCUUCAAAUGCUCUACAUACAUUUCAAAAGCACACUUCUGUGGAUAGAACCCUACAACAAGACAGACUUGCCCUUCGCCAAUCGCCCCAAGAGAGCUUCAGGUCUACUCCAACUUCUGCUCCCAGCUUUCUCGAUGCUGAAUUCGAAGCUUUUCAAUCAAGCAACCCACUUGAGCCCGGAUUUCCCGAACCACCCUCCGUUUACCAGUCACAGGCGCGAGAUGUCCAUUAUCGGGGAAUCUCGCAGCCAGACUGGGCUUCGGACUUUCAAAACCUACAGCUUGAUGGACAAUCUCAAUCGCCCAUUCCCGCUGCCCAAUUUCGUCAGUACGCUCCCCUUCAACGGAGAAGCCCAGGUGCUUGGCAUCAGGAGUUCUUGAGCGAGCCAAGUCUCUCUGAUGCACGAAAUCUGCAAGACAACGGCUCUCCAUAUUAUGAUAGCCGAUCACGUGCUCCUUUUCAACACCAGGCGUUGCCAUUGCAGCCACCUGAACGAGCGGCUCGUUACGAAGGGUUACAGAAGGAGACAGCGAACACUCACGAUACAAUAGAGCAGGGCGCUUUCGAAAAAGCUUUCGAGGAAGCUCAUGCAGCAGCAACUCGAGCUGAGGAACAGCCUGCUACAGAUAUUUCCUUGGAGCCUCAAAAUCAGAACCAUGUGGUAGAUGAUGUGGACAGUACCAUACCUUAUCGAAUUGGCUCAGAUAGAAUACUCGAUGAAAGUAUAGACAAGGAUAUGAGUCAGGGAUUCACGGAUGAAGGGGACGAUCUGGCGAGAACAGCUGGGCAAUUGCUCGAGAACGUGAAAGGGGACAUAAGUCAGAAGUUCCAGGAAAGUAGCUUUCUCUCGUUGAUGAGACAGCUGAGAGACCGAGAGGUCAAAUUAGAAGGAGAUAAAUUUACAACCGCAAUGCAGCCUCUACAUCCUGGAGGCGCCAAUUAUCCUUCCGAGUCUAAAGCAGAGACUUGA